AAAGCAUAUUUCAGAAAUCUUGAAAUAUAAAAAAAAAAAAAAAGGAGGAGACCGGAAGUUGCUUUCUUUUCUUUAACUUCUUAGACAAGAGAGUGACAUAAUGAUUUGUGACUUCAACGAUUGACCAAAAUAUUUAAGAAUUGAGGUUAUAAAAAUCGAUCCCAAAAUGCCGGUUUUAAUUGAUCGCCCCAAAAUGACAGUGGCCACUUACCAGGCUCUAAAGCGUCACAUUAUGAGAGAAAGGGAAAAGAAAAAGCAAGAACAAGAACAUGAUGCUUUGGUUGAAAGAUUAAAAAAAGAACGAGAACUUCAGAAAAAGAAACAAGAAGAAGAUAAUUUAACACUCGAGCAAAUAAAAGACCAGAUUGGGAUGAUGGAGUCAAAACAUGAAUCUUUGAAGAAUGAGAAACAUGAAUUAUUUUCACAGUUGAAAAAGGUUCUACACCAAGAAGAUGAAACACGACGCCGAGCACAGUUAAAGGAACAAAGUGAACUUUUAAAUUUCCAGCAUCCUUAUACUGUGACAGGACACCCAAUGCUGUUACACCCUGGUGUCACAGGACGACCCACUUUGUACAAACCUCAUCAAACAAUCAUUCCAAUUCAGCAACGUCUUCAGGGAAUGAAAAGAACUCGUUCACCAUCUCCUCCAGUGACCGUUUAUCAACCAUACCCUAAUGAGCAUAAAUACCCCCAGGCAUCUUAUGCUAUCACCACCAAGCAGCCAGCUGUUGUCUAUACUCCCUCUCAAGCAGAAUACAAACCUACCACCUAUGGUCAGAAUCAACCACCACCCCAAGUAGCUUACGCCAGUCAAGGUACCCAUGCUUACCAGCAGCAAGCAGUCCCAUUCACAGCUGGCCCUCCUACCACUAAAUACACCACAACUCCAACUGUUGCAUCUCAGUCGGCUUUUACAUCUUACCCUGGUCAUUAUCCACAACAACAGAAGCCACUUACAGAAUCCUACCCCCACAAUUAUCAGUUACAGAGGAUGCCACAAACAACUUCUCGCCAAGGAAGAGAACGGGAAUAUAAAGCUGGUUACCUGAACACUGCCCACAGCUCAGCUCUCCCUCUGCAGCAACAAUUAGAACAUGCCAAUCAGAAAUCUGGAUUUAGUGAUGAGAAAUUCAAAAUGCAGACUGUUCAACAGCAGCAUAUACGAGGAAUUACACCAAUCACAAGCCAACAGCAAACCCUGAUGGCCCGUCCUCUGCAGAUACAACAGAAUUCACAGCCAAAGGGCAGCAUAGUCACUGGCUAUUCUGGACGUGGUUCUCAGCCCCAACCUCAACACACUACCGUCAGUUCUUACCAACCAGUGACAACUCAGGCUACAUAUUCUGGUCACCAAGCUGCUGGACGUCCACAGGCAUACACAUCCCAGCAACCCCCUGGUCGUUACUAUUAAACUGCUUUCAUCUAACACUGAGACACUUGAUGUUGCUUCGUAAUUUUUGUUUUCUGUUAUUUUUGUCAGCCAUUGUGGUUUUGUAUGUUUUUUUUUUUAGUCAUAAUCAUAGUCUUUUUAUUUUUCAUUAAAACUGUCCCAAAUGCUUGAAAGUAGUCAAACGAAUUAAUGGCAGGUUUAAGUGAUAAAUUCUUGUUAAUUAAAAACAGCGGGUAAUAAAGAUUUAAAGGUAGGAACAGGUGUGAACAGGUUAGAAAGGUAGGAGAUUCUCUGAAGUUCAACAAUAAAUGAGUCAGUAGCUCUAUGGCCCCACUUAAUAAAUCCUCUAAAUAACGAGAGGAAAUAAUUGCUGUAAUGAAAAACAGUAGUAGUCUUAUUCUUCAUCAUGAAGAUAGGGAAGAUAAUCAUUAUUGGAAUAUAAAAACUGUACUAGUCUUGUAAUUCUUCACUAUAAUGGAGAUUUUUUUUCAUUCCCUUUUACCAUUGUAAGAAAUCACUUAUUUAUUUGGUCUGCACACACACACACACACACUGGACUAGAUUUGGCUGGUACUGCAGAUAUAUAUUAGAUUGGUUGCAGGAAUGACCAGUACCUUGGGUAAAUAUACUGGAUUUGUACCCUUACAUAUAUAUUGAACUUGUACUGUAAGCCUGAAAGUGCAUGGCUCAGUUGUCAGAGCAUCAGACUUACAACUGUGAGGCUGCGAGUUCAAUUCCCAGACUGGGCCGUGUGUUGUGUUCUUGAGCAAAAUACUUUUUCACAUUGCUCCAGUACACUUGGCUGUGAAAAUAAGUUGUGAUGUCAUUGGUGCCAAGUUGUAUUGGCCUUUGCCUUUCUUUUGGACAACAUCGGUGGCAUGAAGAGGGGGAGGCUGGUGUGCAUGGGGGACUGCUGCUCUUCCACAAAAGAACCUUGCCCAGAUUUGUAUCUAGGUCCAAUUCCAUGAUCAUUUGUGAUCAAAGGGGUCUUUACCCUUUACUGUAAGCCUAUUGAAUCAGUAAAUAAGUACCAGUAAUAUAUUGAGUUCAUUGGUUAACAGUUUUUCUUUUUUUUUCCUCCCUUACAAAAAUUUGGGAAACAUUUUUAAGAUAUGACAGGGAAAUUUUAAAAAACUUUUCACAAACCCCUAUUUAAGAUUUGAAUUUCUAAUGUAGGGCAAGGAAGUGAGUAAUAUGUAAUUUGUAAUAAAUUUGUAUUUUAAAAGGGAUAUGUUUAAAUGUAGCUAAUUUAUUCUGAAGAUAUGUAUAUAGCUAUAUAUUGAUACUGCCAUGUUAAAAUUAUUACCUGUUCUGGGGUAAAUAUUACUGGAAGCUGAGAUUAUAUGCAAGGAAAAAAACAGGUGGGUGCUUAGUUGUUAAUAUUUAAUGUUUUUCAACUUGCACUACACAUGGGUGUGUUAGACAAGUGAAUUACUUAACACACACAGGCUCACUCACAUAGACACACAGAACACUUACACAUAUACAUAGCCAGGCUCACAUAGACACACAGCCACACUCACAUACACACACAAAUUCACAGCCACAUACAUACACAAAUCGUAUUGAACAUCCUUUGUCUUUUUAAUUUUUUAUUCUGUUUUAUUUUUCCUAUUUUAACAACCAUUUCCUACUCCAAAUAUAAGUUGGGCAGUUUUUUUGUUUUGUAAAUUAAAUAUUUUUAGUGCAAGUGUAUAUUACAGCUGGAGACAUUCUUACUGUGAAGUGCUCGACUGUAUAAAGUAAUUUGGUACCUUUAGCCAGCCACUUUGACUGAGGCAAGGAGACAGACACACAAACAUAUAUACAUACAUACAUACAUAUAUAUAUAUAUAUAUAUACACAGACACACACACACACACACACACACACAUACAUAUGGCAGGCUUCUUUCUCCUUUCCGUCUACCAACUUCACUCACAAGGCUUUGGUCGGCCCGAGGCUAUAGUAGAAGACACUUGCCCAAGGUGCUACGCAGUGGGACUGAACCUGGAACCAUGUGGUUGGUAAGCAAGCUACUUACCACAGCCACUCUUGCACUUAUAGUUACUCAGAAAUAGAAUAUUAGACAAAAUCAUUUGAUUCAAACAAACAUUUAAGCACAGCUAAAUACUGCAUUAGCUGCUGGUGUAAUUAUUGUGAUCUGACUGGAUUCUAUUGUAACAGGUGUUAAUUGAUCUGGGGUUAGGAUUUCCUCUGUUAUUUUUGAUCUCUGACAGAACACUCAACAACUAUAAUCUGAGGUUCCACUCAACAACUACAACAAAAAUGAGCUUGUACACAACAACAACAACAACAGUCUGAACUUAGACUCAACAGCUACAACUACGGUCUGAACUUACACUCAACAGCUACAUCAAUAGUUUGGGCUUAAAUUUGAUGAUUCUGAAAUUAUAUUCAACAGCUACAACAGUCCAAGCUUACCCUCGACAACUACAAGAACAACAAUCUGAAGUUACAUUCAACAACUAUUAGCAAUAGUAGUCUGAGGUUACACUCAAUAACCACAACAUCCAGCCUAUGGUUACUCAACAACAGCACAUUACACUCACCAGCAGUGUGAUCACCUUCAACAGUCUGAAGUUACACUCAAUUACACUAGAAACAGCACACGGUCUGAACAGUGUUGUCUUUAGGUACACUGGGCAAUUAUCCAGGGGCCUCACAUGUCUAGGAAUCCAAUUCUAAUCUGUGGCUUCCUGUCAAUAAAUAAAUACUAUAGGGUCCAGUUCAUUGAUUUGCCCAGGGGACUACAAUGCAGCUAAGUCUGAGUCUGAGAAUGCUUACUAUUCCACUGACUAAGUAUGUUAAACCAAUGAGAUAGCCUCUGUGUGGUCACUAAAUAUGCUGGAAAUAGCAGCUAAAUCUCCCUCAAAUCACACCCUGUCCUUUUAGGAAAGGAUGAACAUAUUGGACAAUGUAGUCCUACCUAAAGUGACAGGAUGGUCAGUGGUUGGCUGUCUCAAUCAUGGUUGGCAUCAGGCUAAACAAAAACAUUAAGAUAUGAUGGAGUUUUGAUAAUUUAUUACGUUAUGAUAUUGUAUAGGCUUGAUAGAAAUACCUAUCAGCUGAAAUGGUAAAAAAAAAAAGAAAUAAUUGUAGGGUUGAAUAGUAUAAGUCAAUUUGACAUACCUAUGUUCUAUAUUAGUAGUAGAGGGGAGUUAAUUUGAAGAUUGAGGCAACUUGACAGAGACAUCUAUCACUUGUAAUGGUGACUAUGGGGAGAUAAUUGUAUAUUAACGUCGUGCCUAAAUCAGAAACCAUUAUGUACAUGAUAAUUAUGAUGAUGAUGAUAAAUAUUUGUUCUCCUGAACAUCUAAAAUAUUGGAUGGAAAAUGGACACAUUUUGUUCAGUUUUUGUUUUGUAUUUGUUUUUAUUUUAAAGAUCAUGAAUUUUUAUGUUUCGUUCACUAAUUUUCAGUUUAUUUAUUGUUCUCAAUGAUUUCUCCAAAUUGAAAGGAAGAAAUAAAACAGAAACUAUUCUUUGGUUUCACCAUUUAACUAUU